UACAAUAGAGUUAAAGAAAAGUAGUAGUAGUUGUUCAUGCUCUGCAGCGUGUGUGGUUUGUGGUAGUCAUUGCAUUGUGUCUUCUCUAAGAAGCCAAAAACAACAAGAAGAAAAAAAAAAGAUUCAGAUUCAGCAAUUGCUUUUCUUCCAAGCCUUCUUUCUCUAUUAGAUGCUGAGUGUUCCACCCUUCAAAUAUUCGCUUAUAAAAACAAAACCCUCUUCACUUGUUCUUCGUCCAUUGAGAGUUUCCGGUUUCAAUGGCGAAGUGCAUCGUUGCUUUCUACGCUCUUCUUUUCUUCUGCUUCGUCCACAUUCACCUCGCUAUUUUGGACCCAGUUGAUUUCCUCGCUCUGCAAUCCAUUCGUAAGGCUCUCGAAGACAUGCCGGGUUCUGAUUUCUUUGCUUCAUGGGAUUUCACAGCUGACCCUUGCAACUUCGCCGGCGUUUACUGCGACUCCGAUAAGGUUAUCGCCCUCAACCUCGGCGACCCCAGGGCCGGUUCUCCCGGUCUCACCGGCCGUCUCGACGCGGCCAUCGGAAAACUCUCUUCUCUCGCCGAGUUCACCGUUGUUCCUGGCAGGAUAUAUGGCCCUCUUCCAGAAUCCCUAGCCAAUUUGAAGAACCUCAGGUUCCUCGGCGUCAACCGCAAUUUCAUCUCCGGCGACAUUCCGGCGGGGUUGGGUGAGUUGCGCAGUCUCCGAACCAUCGAUCUCAGCUACAACCAGCUCGCCGGACACAUUCCUCCGUCCGUCGCGUCAUUGCCGGAGCUAACAAACUUGAUCCUCUGUCACAACCGCCUUUCCGGUUCGGUUCCCCGGUUCGAGUCGCAGAGCCUAACCCGGCUCGACGUCAAGCACAACACUCUCUCCGGUUCGCUUGCUCCAAACUCUCUCCCUCCGUCUCUACAGUACCUCUCCCUGUCGUGGAACCAACUCAAUGGCCCAAUGGACCAGCUCCUGACCCGGCUCGACCAGCUCAACUAUCUGGACCUUAGCCUGAACCAGUUCACGGGCCCAAUCCCGGGUCGGAUCUUCACGUUCCCGCUGACCAAUCUCCAAUUAGAGAGGAACCAGUUCUCCGGUCCGGUCCAACCGGUGGAUCAGGUCUCAAUCCCAACCGUUGAUAUCAGUUAUAACCAGUUGUCGGGUCAAAUAUCGCCAAUGUUGGCGAGCGUGCAGAAUCUCUACCUAAACAACAACCGGUUCACGGGUCGGGUCCCGGCUAGCUUCGUGGACCGGUUACUGGACUCGAGCAUACAGAUACUUUAUUUACAGCACAAUUAUCUGACAGGAAUUGAGAUAAGCCCAACGGCUGUGAUUCCAAUGAGAAGCUCACUGUGUCUACAGUAUAAUUGUAUGGUCCCGCCCGUAGAGACUCCCUGCCCCUUGAGGGCUGGCAAACAGAAAACCAGGCCUAUUGCGCAGUGCAACCAGUGGAAGGGCUGAGGAAUCUUCAAUAUCAAAAAAAUUAUAUUCAUAUACACUUGCUUCUAAUAUUUCAUUUUCUUCUCUUCUUUCUUGCCUUUUGAUUCAUUAUUUAUUUUAAUUUUGUGAUAAUUUUGCGAUAAAUGUGUUG